AUGUACAGAGAAAUCCUGAACACUUUUUCCCCAAAAGAUCUUAAAGAAAAUAUUAGCCGCUUUGAGAACAUGCUAUCCGAGCUCAGUUAUUGUUUAGAAGAUCUUGAAAUAAAGAGAGAUGAACUAAAAUCCACUAACGAAAUGUUAAAAUCAGCAAUUGAAAUCUUCAACUCAACUAAACCUGGGAAGCCUACUGCCUCUGAUCACGAGCGUUCUGCAUCAUUAACAUUAAGUACUCAAUGCACUGAAGCAUGUGAAACACAAAUGGAAGAUACAGAUGAAGCUUCAAUUCUAAAAAUAAAAAAAUUCCCAUCAUCGCCAAACAAGAUAAACAGUUAUCCAGUCUCACCUUUCCGGACUAAAAGAUUGUCGAAAGUCCCCAGUUAUGAAAAAGUUUUGCAUAAAGGGAGCACAAGCUUGGAGCAAAUUCAAGAAACGAAUGAAGAAAUUAAACCGCAAAAAAAUUCAAUAGAUAUUAUUGAAGAUGUAGCAUUACCAAAACAGUAUUUCAAAUCUAAAACGAUGGCAGAAACAAGAUGCACGCCUUAUUUGCCCAAAAGAGCACCAAGAUAUCCAAGGAGGAGUGUCAAAGAUAAUAUAAAUUCUUAA